CAACCGGCGGAGGGCCAUCGUUGUGAACCGAGGCGCCCGCGGCAACCCGGACGGGAUGGCGAUGACGUCGCAGUGGAGGCCGCUGUCGCCGCCCAUGAGGCCGUCGACGCCCCCGAAGCACUUCAUGUCCUCGCCGCCACCCUCGGCAUCCUGGGCGUGCCGGGAGCUGCUGGACUCGCCAGGGGUCGCGUACUCCCCGUCGACGUCCUCCCCUCUGCUGCUCCACGCUGGUCUGCCCGCCCCGCACGGGCCGCAGCAAUGGGGUCAGGAUCCUGGCGCGUCGUCAAGGUACUACCGGACCUCGACGUCGUCCUCCGUGCAAUCCCAGGAGUCCUCGCCGCCCUCGGCGUCCACGGCAGCCCCUCUGUCGCCGUCCUGGCACACCGCCGGACACCUGUGGUCGCCGCCGCACCCGCCGCCCGUCGCCAGUCCGAUGAGGGCCUUCCCCCAGGGCGUGCAUCACGAGGGUCGCGACCUCCCCGCGUUCGGCGAGAGGACUGCAGCAGCGGCCGUGGAGGAGGCCAUGGACAUGGGGGCCUUGGGCACGAGCACCUACCCGUCGCCAUCCGCUGCCGGAUCAGAACCGACCAGCGCAACAAUAGAUAACUUGGUGGCUCUGACGCAGUUAUUGUGCCUGACCGAUGGUCCGAGAAGUGAACCGAGAUUGCUGCCGUCAAAUUAUAAUAAUAAUAGAAACCAUUUUUGGGGUCAGAGGAGACCAUUGAAAAAUCAAAUUGCUUUCUGUGCCUUUUGUAAGGGUAAUGGAGAAUUGCCCUCCCUAUAUAAUGAUCACCGCCUGCAUGCGAAACAGCCAGAUGGCACAAUGCGUGUGGAGUGCCCAGUGCUCCAAAGACUGAAGUGUGAAAUAUGUGGGGCGACAGGGGCAUAUGCUCAUACCAGGUCCCACUGCCCCUACAACAGGCAACCAUCGGUGGCAGUUCUGUUAAAGAAAACACCUCGCCGAUGUGAUGGCUCAUUGCGCUCCUACAGAAAGUAGCCAUUGUUUCAUUUUGAUUUUUGAUGUUUAUAGUUUUUCUUAUCAUGUUUAAAAUUUGGAAGAUGAAUGUCUCUUCCUUAAAUUAAGUUUGUGCCAUCAUAGUUUUAAAAUUACCUUUUUACACUUGUUUAAAGAUCUAUGUUUUAUGUUAACUAAAUAAUUUGAAUGCUUUAAUAAUUCUCGUUAAUGGUCAUUAUUGUGUUGACAGAAAAUAUGACAUUUUUCUUCUGUUUCAAUUUUUGUAUAUUGGCUUAUUGUUUAAUUUCAGCUAUCAUGUUAUUGUUCAGCCUUGCAUAUUGAGGAAAAUUUAUUCGUAGACUAGCCAGAUUCUCCUGACCUAAGAAGCAAUGUGCUAUUGGACAUCAAUUGUAUAUUUUAAUUUUCAAUGAUCAUUCUGCUUGUGCUAGCAGAAAAUAUGACACUUUUUCAACAGUUUCUAUUUUUCCUAUUGCGGUUUGUUCAAUCAAUUUCACCAAUCAUGUUAUGUUUAUCCCCUUGUGUUUUGAGGAAACUGAAUUUGUCGACUUGCCAUAUCUUAUCCUGACCAAAGAAACAAAGUGUUUUCGACAUUCAGUGAGUUAUAUAUAGAUUUAUACAGAUUAUGUUAACUAAUGUAAUUUUGAAUUGAAUGCUUUAGUCGUCACUUAUUGUCAUUCUUAAGCUUAUAUGACAUUUCAGUGAAAUCAUGUUAUGUUAUUCAUUAUCCU